CACCUGCAGUCAAGAGCCGGGACGGUCUUCGCUGCAGAGAGCGCAGCUGUGUUUGUGGGGAACCAUAACAGCAUUCGUACGGGAACAAUCGGAAACUGCAAAGGACCUCCUGUCUUUACUGCCCUUCGCCGUUGCUCUUCUUGCUUACUUGCAGACAUGAAAAUUGGCUUCAUUACCUUGUUGGCGAAUGCCUUACUAUUGGACACAUCUUGGGGCAUCUGCAGAGAUCCAACACUCCAACCUCCCUGCCGCCCUGGAUUUUCACCGGGUUUUUAUACAAUGUUUGUUUCAAGGAAUAUACUGCAAAAUCAAGCCAGUCUCAAAGAUGCUGUGGCAUCGUCUGGGCACGACUGCAAAAAGAGUGAAGUCAGCACACCCAGGAGCCAGAAAUCUGACUUAGGCACCCAGAUGGAAGGUCUGAGCAACAGAGAGCAGAAGGUGUCUGGAAGCCCACAGACCCCCACAGGAGAGCCCGUCAUUCAGCAGGAUUUGCUGGGACAUACUCCUUCGCCAUCCAUCUUUCCUGGUGCAGGUAAAUUGGACAGCCAGAAUUUCUGGACACAGCCCAAAGUCAUCACAUUCCCCUGGCUACGAUGGACAGGUCACAGCGGGCCAGGGAGGCAGAAGCGUGACUGGGUCAUCCCACCAAUCAAUGUGCCUGAAAACUCCCGGGGACCCUUCCCUCAGAUGCUUGUCAGAAUUCGCUCUGACCAGGACCGCGAUAUUCAGAUCCGGUACAGCAUCACAGGCGUGGGUGCAGACCAGCCCCCCAACGAGGUUUACAGCAUAGACCCCGUGGCAGGAAAAAUGUUCGUGACUCGGCCACUAGACCGAGAGGAGCGCUCUUCUUAUCAUUUAAGAGCACAUGCAGUGGAUAUGAAUGGCAACAAGGUGGAAAACCCUAUUGACCUCUACAUCUAUGUCAUUGACAUGAACGACAACCGGCCUGAAUUCCGUAACCAAGUCUACAAUGGCUCUGUAGCUGAGGGUGCUAAGCCAGGCUCAUAUGUCAUGAAGGUGACGGCCAAUGAUGCAGAUGAUGACACCACAGCCAAUGGGAUGGUGCGCUACCGCAUCCUGUCUCAGUCACCUCACAGCCCCAUCCCCAACAUGUUCACCAUCAACAGUGAGACGGGUGAUGUUGUCACCAUGGCAGCAGGCCUGGACCGAGAGAAGGUGUCCCAGUACACCAUCAUCAUCCAGGCCACUGACAUGGAGGGAAACCUCAAUUUCGGGCUCUCCAACACUGCCACUGCUCUCAUCACCGUGACUGACAUCAACGACAACCCCCCAGAGUUCAUUAGCCGGACGUUCUCCGGGGAGGUGCUAGAGAACAAGGUGAAUGUGGUGGUGGCCAACCUGACUGUCAAUGACCUGGACAAGCCACACACGCCCAACUGGAACGCGGUUUACAGGAUAGUCAGUGGGGACCCCUCCGGUCACUUCACCAUUCAGACGCACCCAGUCACUAACGAUGGGAUGGUUACUGUGCUCAGGCCUGUGGACUAUGAGAUGAACCGGGCCUUCAUGCUGACAGUGGUGGUGAUCAAUCAGGAGCCUCUGGCUAGCGGGAUCCAGUCCUCCCUGCAGUCCACGGCUGGGGUCACCAUCUCAGUGGCAGACGUCAAUGAGCCGCCCUUCUUUCCCGCCAACCCCAAGCUUGUGCGUUUCGAGGAGGGUGUCCCAGCAGGCACCGCGCUCACCAACUUCGCUGCCAGUGACCCCGACCGCUUCGUGCACCAGGUGGUCAGGUACUCCAAAUAUGAUGAUCCAGCCGGCUGGCUUAGUAUCAACAUUUCCAAUGGACAGAUUGUCACCACAGACCUCCUUGACCGUGAGUCCAGCUACGUGAAGAAUAACAUCUAUGAGGCCAAGUUCUUGGCAGCAGACAAUGGAUCUCCCUCUGCCACCGGCACAGGCACCUUGCAGAUCUACCUGAUCGAUGUGAAUGACAACCCACCUGCGCUGGUGCCCCAAGAGGCACAGAUCUGUGAGAGGCUCCACGCUGCUACUAUCAAUAUCACGGCGUCUGAUGUUGACACUGAGCCCAACGUGGGCCCCUUUGUUUUUGAACUGCCCGUCCAUCCGCCCAGUGUUCGCCACAACUGGACCGUGUCCCGGCUGAACGGUUACUACGCCCAGCUGAGGCUCCGCAUUCAGUAUCUGGAUGCGGGCGUAUAUGAUGUGCCUGUGGUGGUGUCCGACUCGGGGAACCCACCGCUCUCCAGCAGGUCCAUCAUCAAGGUGAAGGUGUGCCCAUGUGACGAGCACGGCGACUGCACCAGCGCAGGGGCUGUGGCAUCCACCGGCCUGGGGACCGGAGCCAUUAUCGCCAUCCUCAUCUGCAUCAUCAUGCUGCUCAUCCUGGUGCUGUUGUUUGUGGGAUGGAUCAAGCGCCGGGAGAAGGAGCGACAGACCAAGCAGCUGCUGAUCGACCCCGAAGACGAUGUGCGGGAUAACAUUCUGAAAUAUGAUGAGGAGGGAGGCGGAGAGGAAGAUCAAGACUAUGAUCUCAGCCAACUGCAACAGCCCGGCUCCCUGGACCAUAUCAUUAACAAACCACCUGGGGUAAGACGGGUCGAUGAGAGACCCGUGGUGGCUGAAGCCCAGUUCCCCAUCCGACCCACUUUACCUCAUCCUGGGGACAUCGAGGACUUCAUCCACGAGGGUUUGCAAGCGGCAGACAAUGACCCAACAGCACCACCCUAUGACUCCCUGCUGGUGUUCGACUAUGAAGGAAGUGGCUCCACAGCAGGUUCUGUCAGCUCUCUGGGCUCCUCCAGCACUGGUGACCAAAUCUAUGAUUAUCUCAAUGACUGGGGGCCACGCUUCAAGAAGCUGGCUGACAUGUACGGCAGUGGGGGUGACGACUAGGGCCUAAAACUCAGAUUUCCCCCUGAUGCUCACAUGGAACACCCUCCCCAAACCCAAUCAAUGCAACACUCUCAAAUUCAACAAUGGCCUGGAUUGUAACAGGUGUGUUGAGGCCUGCAAAUCAGUCUUCUGCAGACUUGACUCAAAAACUCUUCUCUUGCUUUUUCCCUUCAUUUUAGUAUUAAGUGUUUGGUGUGUGUUUUCUUGCUUCUGAUAUUAUUUUCUAGUCUUUUUCAUGGGCUGUCCAUUGUUCUGAGGGGCCCGUUUACAGGACAACUACAGAAGGGGAGUGGUGCAUUGUACUCGAUAAUAUAUAUUUUUUUUGCAUUGAAAGAGUGUGAAAAGGCAUUCUUUUCUAACUUGAAUUCCUUGUUAAACAGAACCAUGGUUGUUAUGAAGUGCCUUUUGUGGUGUGUUUCAUUGGAGUCCCACUAUCUCAGGACUGCUGGCCGUUCGGAUGCUUUUCAUUCUGCAUUCUGACCUACUCUCCAUACCCCCUUCCUGAAAUCCCUAAAUGCCUUCAGUUAGUCAACCUGUGGUUAAUUCACCAACAACUAAAAUUUAUUAUGUGGAAAACAGGCCCCAUAAAGAUCAGAAAAAAAUGGCAGUGGUUAUUUAUUUCAGAAGAAAUUGAUUCGAGUAAAUCAGAUAUUUCCUAUUGGAGACUGAUAAAUAUAUUCAUACCUGUGGUGAUUAAAAAUCUGAAGCAUGGACCGUGAUCCUAUCAGGAGCUUCUGUCUGGUGGAGAAGUUCUAUUUAAAUUAAAAACUGUUUAUUUCCCCAAAAUUUCAAACAACAUAAAAUUCCAAUAAUAUCUUUCCAAUAUAAUAAAAAAAUAUAGAAAUCACUUUGGGAUUUGUACAGAUGAGGAAUGUUGCUUGUUCAGUUUCAUGAGGCUGGGGCCAUUUAAGGUCUGAUGCCCAUAUUUAUUUUAUAAUUUGUGUUGCUUUGCACUCUAUAAGCUCACCUGGGCAUGAUAUUAUAACAGUGCUAAGACUAGUGUGAAACAAGGCAAUGAGAAAAGGACAGUAUAGCUGAGUUUAGUUAAUGACAUGAAAAAUUGCAUGAUUUAAUUUUUUUUGCUUCCCAACAAAGUUGCCAGCAUAGCACUUGUUCGUAUUUGAUCAGACUGGGAAAUGUUAUGUGAAACAAAUAUUUAAGCUGUAAAAAAAAGACUUGAAGUGGAAAAAAUGUGUAAAAGUACUAUUUUUAAAAGUAUUAAGGGAAUACAGUUGCUGCUCCUGUGUUCUAGUUUUGCCUCAGGGCAGAAUCACAUCUUAGGGCCCUUGUGGUUCAAAACUUAUGCUUUUUUCCAGACACACUACAGUACUUCAUUUUAAUUUUGAAAGGUUGUACAGUUUUGUUUUGAUGCAAGCAUACAGCUCCCUUUUCUCGUUCUUUGUCACUGUAUAAUGUGUUUUCAAUGAUUACUUGCAUUCUACACACUUGAGAAAAGUGAUUUAUCUUAGAAAGCACCAAGAAUGAUUUCUACAAUCUCUGCUGCUGAAAAAGGUGACAGGUGCUAUGUUGUUUUUUUUCAUUUCUUGUCAUUCAUCUAAAUACUGCAUAUGUGCUUUAGAAAAUAAACAAGAUGAUUUGACAAAAAAAUGCACUUUAUAGCUCUAAUUCAUCCCAUUCUCUAUCAUAGAAACAGUCUUUCCCAUUAGACUGUAUCGUCACAGGGAAUUGGCAGGGGUAAGUUUCACUGCAAUUUCAUACACAAAGGUUAGUCACACUUAUAGACUCAGGUCAGAUUAUUUGACUUGAAUUAUACAUGAUUGCAUGCUUUCAGUGCACGGCAUUAAUUAUGCAUCACCUCAGCUGGCAACAAAAAGUCAAUUCCAGGGUCUGUACAGUAUAUUACAGAACUACAGUUAGUCAACAAUGAUCAUAAGACAGGUACCUAUGCAUAUAUGGAUAUAAAUUUCAUAAUAAUGUGUCGUAAUGCUAGAUAUGAUUCAAAACCCCCAGUAAUAUGCCAGUGCACCUAAUUUACGCAAUGAAACAUUUCAAAAUCUUUUUUUAAGACAUUGUAUGUUGCAUCUGUUAAAAUUAACCAGCAUACAGUACAACACUUUUUUUUAACUCAGAGAACUUUAUACGGAACUGUAAAUAUAAGUCAAAUUUUCACUUUCAUUGACAUGUACCUACUGUAACUAGAUGCAACAUAUUUUGCCUUCCCAUUAGUAUCUGAAUGAAAUUAACAUUAGAAAUACAUUAAUAUGUACUAUUGAUAUUAGAAUGUAUUGAGAGUUUGAUGCUUGAGAUGUUAACUGACACACAUUUUCCU